AUGCCGGGCUCCCCCUCUCUGUCCUCCGCCACCGUCACCCAUAGUGCGGUGGGCGCGCACAGUCGGCCUGGGGCGUGGAAGGAGACGCAGGCCACCGGACGGCUGCGCUUCUUGCCGGCGGACCCCUGGGCCGGACGCUUGCUUCCGAGGCUCCAGCCGGUCUCUCGUGUCUGGUCCCGGCGCCGGGUCCUUGCCUUGCCGGCUGCCGUCCAGGGCCUGCAGGUUCUUUCGGGCUGUGCCAUCAUCGUGCGAGGCCAGCCGCGCGGAGGGCCGCCUCCGGAGAGACAGAUCAACCUCAGCAACAUCCGGGCUGGGAACCUCGCACGCCGGGCAGCAGCAGGGCAGCCCGAUGGCAAAGAUACACCAGAUGAGCCCUGGGGCUUCCCAGCCCGUGAAUUCCUCCGGAAGAAGCUGAUCGGGAAGGAGGUUUGCUUCACCGUGGAGUACAAGACCCCGCAAGGCCGGGAGUAUGGGAUGGUGUACCUGGGCAAAGACACAACCGGAGAGAACAUUGCGGAGUCGCUCGUGGCAGAAGGUCUGGCCAGUCGUCGGGAGGGCGUCCGGGCCAACAACCCAGAGCAGAGCCGACUGGCAGAGUUGGAAGAGCAGGCCCGGGUGGCCAAGAAAGGACUGUGGAGCGAGGGGACCGGCUCGCACACCGUCCGCGACAUCAAGUACACCAUUGAGAACCCUCGGCACUUUGUGGACUCUCUGCACCAGAAGCCAGUGAAUGCCAUCAUUGAACAUGUCCGGGAUGGCAGCGUGGUCCGUGCUCUUCUCCUCCCUGACUACUACCUGGUCACGGUCAUGCUCUCGGGCAUCAAGUGUCCCACCUUCAAGCGGGAAGCGGACGGCACGGAGACGCCGGAGCCAUUUGCUGCCGAAGGCAGGUUCUUCACGGAGUCCCGGCUCCUGCAGAGGGAUGUCCAGAUCGUCCUGGAGAGCUGUCACAACCAGAACAUCCUGGGCACCAUCCUCCACCCGAAUGGAAACAUCACCGAGCUGCUCCUAAAGGAAGGCUUUGCCCGCUGCGUGGACUGGUCCAUUGCCGUCUACACCCGAGGGGCCGAGAAGUUGCGGGCUGCUGAAAGGUAUGCCAAAGAACGCAAGCUGCGCAUCUGGAGGGACUACGUGGCCCCCACGGCCAACCUGGACCAGAAGGACAAGCAGUUCGUCGCCAAGGUGAUGCAGGUGCUGAAUGCCGAUGCCAUUGUGGUGAAACUCAACUCGGGAGACUGCAAGACGGUCCACCUCUCCAGCAUCCGCCCCCCACGACUGGAAGGAGAAGGGACCCAGGACAAGAACCGGAAGCUGCGCCCCCUCUACGACAUCCCCUACAUGUUUGAGGCCCGGGAGCUGCUGAGAGAGGGCGGUCUUGGGAGAGGUGUGAACGUCACGGUGGACUACAUCCGGCCGGCCAGCAGCGCCACGGACACGGUGCCCGCCUUCUCAGAGCGCACCUGCGCCACGGUCACGAUCGGCGGCAUCAACAUUGCGGAAGCCUUGGUGAGCAAGGGCUUGGCCACCGUCAUCCGCUACCGCCAAGACGACGACCAGCGUUCGUCCCACUACGACGAGCUCCUGGCCGCUGAGGCACGGGCUAUAAAGAACGGCAAAGGACUGCACAGCAAGAAGGAGGUCCCGAUCCAUCGGGUGGCUGACAUCUCCGGGGACACCCAGAAGGCCAAGCAGUUCCUGCCUUUCCUGCAGCGGGCCGGCCGCUCGGAGGCGGUGGUCGAGUACGUUUUCAGCGGCUCCCGGCUCAAGCUCUACCUGCCCAAGGAAACCUGCCUGAUCACCUUCCUGCUUGCAGGGAUCGAGUGUCCGCGCGGAGCCCGGAACCUGCCCGGGUUAGUCCAGGAAGGGGAGCCCUUCAGCGAAGAGGCCACGCUCUUCACCAAGGAGCUGGUGCUGCAGCGGGAGGUGGAGGUGGAGGUGGAGAGCAUGGACAAGGCCGGGAACUUCAUCGGCUGGCUGCACGUGGAGGGCAACAACCUCUCGGUGGCCCUGGUGGAGCACGCCCUCUCCAAGGUGCACUUCACGGCCGAGCGCAGCAGCUACUUCAAGGCCCUGACCGCCGCCGAGGAGGCCGCCAAGCAGAAGAAGGAGAAGGUGUGGUCCCACUACGAGGAGCCCCCCGUGGAGGACGUGGUGGCGGUGCCCGAGGAGGAAGAGCGGGUGGCCAACUACAAGCCCGUCUUCGUCACGGAGAUCACAGAUAGCCUCCACUUCUACGUCCAGGACGUGGAGACAGGGGCCCAGCUGGAGAAGCUGAUGGAGACCAUGCGGGCCGAGAUCGCUGCCCACCCGCCCGUGGAAGGGGCCUACACGCCGCGCCGGGGGGACUUCUGCAUCCUUCGGCCCCUUUCCCCGGGAUUUGCAAGGGGUCCAGGGCCAUCCAACCCCCCCCCUCUUUGCCUCCCCUUCUCAGGGCACGUCCCUCUUCCCUCUCUGCAGAAAGAGACCCUGCCUUCCACCCGCCUGGCCACCCUGCCCCAGGCCUUCAGCACACGGAUCAUGCCCGCUCAAGCCACUGAGUACAAGUUUGCCUUCAUCCAGGUGCCCCACGAUGAGGAGGCCCGGGCGGAUGCUGUGGACAGCGUGGUGCGCGACAUCCAGAACAGCCAGUGCCUGCUGAACGUGGAGCACGCCGGGCCCAGCUGCCCCCACGUCACCCUCCAGUUCGCCGACUCCAAGGGAGACGUGGGCCUCGGGCUGGUGAAGGAGGGGCUGGUCAUGGUGGAGCCCCGCAAGGAGAAGCAGUUCCAGAAAGUGGUCACGGACUACCUGAAUGCCCAGGAGGCAGCCAAGAGUGCCCGGCUGAACUUGUGGCGUUACGGAGACUUCCGCGCAGAUGAUGCCGACGAGUUUGGCUACAGCCGCUGAGGGACCCUCCGGCCGACCCGUCUCGGGGUCCCCACUGAGCUUCUCCCCCUCCCUCCCGCCCCCUCCUCAUUCUGAGCAACCACCGCCUCCGUCCUGCAGCCGAAGCCUCAGGCGCCAGGCGUGGCUGGGGGAGGGUGCGCGUGUAUGUGGGGAAUGAGGGGCUCCUUGUGACUUUGGGGGACCUGCAGCCUCAGCAGUCUUGGUACGGAGGGGAGGGGAAACCAUGG